CUCGGGCUGCUGCAGCAGAGCCUUCCCAGGGCUGAGCCCUUUGGGGCUGCCCAUCCCUCCGACCACGAGAGAAGACGCGCGCCCUGCACCGGGCGAAGAAAAGAAGAAAAACUUGGAGGGCUUUCGCUAGCCCUCCGUAACCCCCUUCCCGCAAACCCAGACCUCCCGCCGGGGCCAUCCCAAGACUGAGAAAAGUUCCCUCGGAGCCGAAAGCCCUCUUGGAUUUGGAGGAGGAAGCGGCUGUGGCUGUGGAAUUAGAUCUGUUUUGAACCCAGUGGAGCGCAUCGCGGGGGCUCAGAAGUCACCGUGUGCGGGCACCGGGGCGGCGCUGCCUGUGUGGAAACAAGAGUUUGCGAGCCCCGGCUGCAAGUGGCCUUUCCUCCCCGCAGUUCUGUGUCGGGCAAGGGCUGCGAGUGUGGCGAGUUGCGAAGAGAGAGCCAGAGGUCCGGAGAGGGCUGCGCUCCUCUUCGCACUCCCUUUUUCCUCUUCUCGGCUCCCGGGUGUGAAAUCCCCGCGAAAUUUACAAAGGCCUGUGGGUCCCACCGAGACCGAUCCGCGGCGCUAGAUCCUGUCGCCCCGAUUCCCACCGGGAGCCCCAGAGCAAAGCGCCGGAGAAGGACUGGCGGGGCGGGGAAGGGAGGUGGCGGCGACAUGGCGAGGUUCCCGAAGGCCGACCUGGCCGCUGCAGGAGUUGUGUUACUUUGCCACUUUUUACUGGACAGAUUUCAGUUCGUUAAAGGGGAUCCUGGCAACCAAAUCAAUGACUGGCAGUAUGAAGUUGCUCAGGCCUUCCCUCAAACAGAAGAGGAGGUGGAAGUGGACUCACAUGCAUACAGCCAUAGGUGGAAAAGGAACUUGGACCCUCUCAAGGCAGUAGACACAAACCGAGCAAGCAUGGGCCAAGACUCUCCAGAUCCCAGAGGCUUUACGGACUUGCUACUGGAUGAUGGGCAGGACAACAACACCCAGAUUGAGGAGGAUACAGACCACAAUUAUUAUAUAUCUCGGAUAUAUGGACCAUCUGAUUCUGCCAGCCGGGAUUUGUGGGUGAAUAUAGACAAAAUGGAAAAAGACAAAGUGAAGAUUCAUGGAAUACUGUCUAAUACUCACCGACAAGCUGCAAGAGUGAAUCUGUCCUUCGAUUUUCCAUUUUAUGGCCAUUUCCUACGUGAAAUCACUGUGGCAACUGGGGGCUUUAUAUACACUGGAGAAGUUGUACAUCGAAUGCUAACAGCCACACAGUACAUAGCACCUUUAAUGGCAAAUUUCGAUCCCAGUGUAUCCAGAAAUUCAACAGUCAGAUAUUUUGAUAAUGGCACAGCACUUGUUGUCCAGUGGGACCACGUACAUCUCCAGGAUAAUUACAACCUGGGAAGCUUCACAUUCCAGGCAACCCUCCUUAUGGAUGGACGCAUUAUCUUCGGAUACAAAGAAAUUCCUGUCUUGGUCACACAGAUAAGUUCAACCAAUCAUCCAGUGAAAGUGGGCCUGUCUGACGCAUUUGUCGUUGUCCACAGGAUCCAACAAAUUCCCAAUGUUCGAAGAAGAACAAUUUAUGAAUACCACCGAGUAGAGCUACAAAUGUCAAAAAUCACCAACAUUUCAGCUGUGGAGAUGACCCCCUUACCUACAUGUCUCCAGUUUAAUGGUUGUGGUCCCUGUGUAUCCUCUCAAAUUGGCUUCAACUGCAGUUGGUGUAGUAAACUUCAAAGAUGUUCCAGUGGCUUUGAUCGCCAUCGACAGGACUGGGUGGACAGUGGAUGCCCUGAAGAGUCCAAAGAGAAGAUGUGUGAGAACACAGAACCAGUGGAAGCUUCUUCUCAAACCACUACAGCCAUACGCACGACAACCACACAGUUCAGGGUCUUAACCACCACCAGAAGGGCAGCCACAGCGCAGCUGCCCACCAGCCUGCCUACAGAAGAUGAUACCAAGAUAGCACUACAUCUAAAAGAUAAUGGAGCUUCUACAGAUGACAGUGCAGCCGAGAAGAAAGGGGGACCCCUCCAUGCUGGUCUCAUCGUCGGAAUUCUCAUCCUGGUCCUCAUUAUAGCAGCAGCCAUUCUCGUGACCGUCUACAUGUAUCACCAUCCAACGUCAGCAGCCAGCAUCUUCUUCAUUGAAAGACGCCCAAGCAGAUGGCCUGCAAUGAAGUUUCGAAGAGGUUCUGGACAUCCUGCCUAUGCUGAAGUGGAACCUGUUGGAGAAAAAGAAGGUUUUAUUGUAUCUGAGCAGUGCUAAAAUUUGUAGGACAGAGCAGCACCAGUACUGGUUUACAGGUGUUAAGACUAAAAUUUUGCCUAUACUUUUAAGACAAACAAACACACACACAAAGGAGCCCUAAGCUGCUGUAGCCUGAAGGAGUCGAGAUUUCUGGACAAGCUCAGCCCAGGAAGGGUAAAAGAAAAACUAAAACUUAAACAAGAUACCAUUUACACUGAACAUAGAAUCCCCUAAUGGAAUGACAUCUAAAGUUCACUUGGAACAUCUUCUGUGGACUUAUCAGAAGUAUGGCAAGAUUACAGUGCUUUUGGCUUAGGUUCAGGGUUGCAAAGGGAUCGAGAAAAAUAGUAAUAAUAAAGCUUU